AUGGCUGGUUCAGAUGUUACUAUCAGCAAACCUCGAGGGCAGAAAUCAUGCCUGAAUUGUAAAAAUCGCAAGAUUGCCUGCGAUAGGCUAAUGCCGGUCUGCUCUUCCUGUAAAAGAAGAAAGAAGAUUUGCUCUGGGUACGAUUACAAUCUAUCAUGGCCUCGUGAUGGCGACGAGCGCCGGGCGAUGACCGUGCAAGUUCGGAGUCAAAAGUAUCGAGCAAACACAUUCGCCUUCCUAAACACCUCCAAUGUCGACGUUAGGCUUUAUUAUGAGACAAAUUCGCAAGAUUCUCUCACCAACAACAAAAAGAUGAGCGUAUGGAUACCAUCGCCUACCCGCUCGCCACAGCUUCCCCGAUUUGGGAGUAAUAAGCGCCCCAUAUAUGACACUGAGAUAUCAUCUGCUGUUCGGCUAAUUACCUCCCGGGGCGAUCUGCGACAGGAUGUAUGCGGUCUCCUCCGCCGGAUGGCGCUCACAGACAAUGGCGUUUCAUCUCUUGCAGUCCGCUAUGCCAUGAACGCGAUUUCAUAUCUUUAUCUCAGAAUGCCAGAUGAGGCUAUGAUGCAUCAAAUGCGUGCUGUCUCUGCACUACAAGGCGCAAUCGACCGGAUUGUGGAUCCCAGGUGCAGAGCUCAAGCUAUUGCUGCAAGCUUGCUCUUAAGCUUAUACGAGGUUCUUUGUCCUAGUGGCAAGACGACCGUAUGGUCCGUUCAUUUUGAUGGCUGCAUGACCAUAGUCAAAUCAAGCUAUCACGGCCGUCGUGAGGCUGACGGUGAAAAUGAGGUUCUCUUGGACUGGGUAUUUUAUCACAACGUGCUUUACAAAUUUAGUUUGCAGCAUUGGCAAAAACGCACCCCAGAGAUGGUAGCGAUUGCGCAGCGAGAUAUGCUCAUCGCUAAGAUUGUGUCUCUCGAUCAUUUCCACACGAUUCAUAGCACCCUCGGUUGCUCGCUCGAGCUUUUGGAAUUCCUGAGUCAAGCUAUCGACCUGAUAAAAGACCGAGAUGAUCCAGAUUACUUAUCGAAAAGCCAUUCGCAUGCCAUUUACAACCUCGAAGGCCAGAUCCGAGAUAUGAGCCAGCAGCUGUGUAGCGGCAUCGAUAGAGAAGAUUAUCAUGUCGUCGGAAGCAGAAAGCGUUACCUCACGAUUGCUCGCAUGUACCAGCUUGCAGUUCUCAUUUAUCUUGAUCGUGUAGUUCGAGGCUCAUUGGCUGAUUCGCGCUUGUCACGCACUAGUGCUGAAGAAGCACUCGGCCUUUUGAGCAAUCUCGGAUUGUGCGAACGACCUUUUAUCAUGAUUAUGUUGGCUCUGCAAACGGAGAGCGACGGCGACAGAUUAUUGGUCCUUUCGGCGUUGAAGAAUGCGAUCAACGAGAGACCGCUAAGCAACCUGUCAUCGACAGAGCAGAUCAUACGGAGAAUAUGGGCACAGCAAGACCUCCACGGGAACGGACAAGCAGACGCCUUGAAGAUGUUGAAUACCAUCAUAAGUUCCAACGAUAUACCCCCUUCCUUUACUUGA